GUGACGUUCCUUGUUGAUUUCCUCUCCAACGUUGCAGCUGAAGACGAAGACGCUGUGAAGAAAAGUUCCCUCUCCUUUCAGGGAUUUGGACGGAUAUUUUGUUGCCGGCCGCUCCACCACCACACUGUCAUCAUGCCUAGCAAACAGAGAAUGCGCCUUGCCAACGAGAAGCACUCCAAAAACGUCGACAAGCGAGGAAACGUGGCGAAAACAUUGAUGCCAAAGGACGAAAAAUCACCCGUCGGACCCUGGCUACUGGCGCUAUUCAUCUUUGUUGUCUGUGGAUCAGCUAUUUUCCAGAUCAUCCAGAGCAUCAGGCUUGCUUAAUGUGCGUCAGCAGGGGGAAUUGUGGGAAACAAGAUGGCGGGACCAACCUAUCGUAUCCAGGCGAAGACUGCAACAUUACCGAUCCACCGACUACCAACAGAAUAACCCCUCUGGAAGUUCGCGCAGGCCACGGAAAUAUUCACGGGAUUGGCGAAAAAGGACACGCAAUCACGAGUGUUAAUCGUAACCUUUCAACCCCGAACUCUGACCCUCCAAUAGUAUCGAAUAGCAGUCCAAUGAUAGUGAUGAUAGAAUUAUUGUUAGCCAAUGAGCAACUCCUGACAUAUAGGUGUCCUCCAAUAGGAUCAGCUGUUAGAUUACCAGGAAUCACCGCUGUGUUACACCCCCUUCCAUUGGUUAGUCUUCUGUGAUUAUAUGAAAUGUGCAUGUUGUCAUGAGCUCCAGUUCUAAUACUAGCAAGAUAGAUGCAGAC